CAGGAAUAUCCUACUUGUCCAGAUAGUUAGAGUACUACUACCACCACAAAGUCGCGUGGCGACAACCAUCUCCCCCGAAUCCGCGCACCCCUCGGUCAUCUCGCAUACGUCGCGACGCUGGCCAGCCAUGCUGGUCCCUCGCUAUCAACCCGUCAACGGCUUCAGGCGCUCCCGAUUCACCGCGCGACAUGCCCUCAUCUUUCUCUCGUGUGUCUGCCUCCUGCUGCUGUGGCAUUGGCGCAGUACCGGUGGUGCUCACCGCGCUCAUCGCACGCUUCCCAAAUAUUGGUCCAUAAAUGACGGAGGAGAGCCGCAAGGCGUGACGAAUUGGCCCAAGCCAAAGGACUUUAGAAUCGUGGGAUUGGUCUUCUUUGGGCGCCCCGUGAGCGUCAGCAUCCUAGACUGCUAUCUCAAGAGAAACCUAGCAUCCAAUGGUGGAUUCCUGGACGAGGUCAUUUUCCUAGCGCGUACUCAAGAUGAAGAGCAUCUCGCCUGGCUGGAUAAGCUGCUUGAGACGGAGCCGGCAUACACGCGCGUGAACUUGGAGUUUGAAGGGAUCGAUUACGCUACGGCCUAUGAUGUCUGCGAAAAUGGGACAAUGUACAUCAAGAUGGAUGAUGAUCUGGUGUUUAUCGAGGACCACGCCAUUGCUACAAUCGUUCAGAAGAAGCUCAAUCACCCCGAAUACUUUGUCGUCGCGGCGAACGUCGUGAACCAGCCUUCGCUCAGUUGGAUGCACUGGCGCAUGGGCGCCAUAAAGCCGUAUCUGCCUGAAUUGGAGCCUCCGCCGCCUGAACAAGUCGAGAGUAUCAGCAGGUGGCGCGCCUCGGAUCUUCCAACGUGGGCUGGUCCCCCUGACUGGACGGUCCCGGUCUCCGACGAGGAGAAAUACGAACCGCCCUUCGAGGGUCACCGUUGGCUGCCGCUGCCCGAGGGUUAUCCUCUUGAGAACACCCCAAUUGCGUCGACGAGCUUCGACGCUUUCUCGCAAGCCUUGUGGCACUGGAGCGUUGCGGCGCAAGAGCAUUACAGCUUCCUCGAGAAUUUGGAGAAGAACGAGCUGUGGAGAUACAAGUUCCACACACUCGACUACUACUAUAUGCGCAUGGGCAUCCAAAUGAUUGCCAUUUGGGGUGAUGAUAUCAUUGCGAGCGAUAUCCAUCACGGCAACGGCGAUGAUGAAUACCACUUUACAGAGGUCAUGACGAAGCAAACCGGAAGACAUGCCGUGGUCGACGGAAGAGCAAUAGUGUCACACUACACGUUCCUUCCGCAAAGGAGUGGACUUGAGUCCACGGACCUUUUGGAUAGGUACCGGGCUUUCGCCGCCGAGAACAUUUGCCCGCGGUGAUAGCCACCGUUCCUUUUUUCUCCUUACGAUUUUUUUCUUCACGGCGUUACGAUUCGUUUUGGAAAUGGUAAAUGUCCCGCUUUCCAUUAGAGAGAAGACAUGCUCUAGGCGCUUGAAGGUCAGUUCCCAUGGCAUGUGGAUGUGGCACUGGCGCUAGCGGGCGCACAAAUAUCCAAGACCCUUUUGUAAUCAUAUAUCGUUGGCGGCAGUGCAGGAGUCGCCAUAUUAAUACCUAGACGAUUGAAAGAAGCCUCCUGCCCUUCUCUAGGUAUCAGAGACAGGAAGAGAAAGCACGAAAGACCACUGCG